GUUUCCAAGGCCGUCCGCCUCAUGGUUUUCGGCGUGUGGGCUCGGGCGAGCAGAUGACAAUAUUCGCCAUACAGUCGCACGCGCAUGCUCGGGCUUAACGUACCAAUAUAUUCUUAUGUGCGAUAAAUAAGUGGCAGUCUGUAAACGACAAGUGCGGGGUGACUGUAUGUACGUGUGUGUAAUGUGUGACUUCGGCUGAUUUGAAUAGUGCGGUUUUUUCGCGCUAUACCUAACUACAGGAGUAGAAGCAGCUGAUUCUGUUUUUCAAGAUAAACAAGACGGAUCAGUAGACGAAGAUAACGUUGACAUUGAACCAUGGACGAACAAGAGACGCCUGCGCAAGCGCACAAACUACUCGGGCAGAACACUCGAAAUUUCCCAAACACUCCGGACAACGCGCUUACCAGAACUUUGCGAUCAUGUUGUGUCAUCCCACAGCGUUAUAUUCUCGGAGUGAUGGGCCUGUUGGGAGUUUGCAAUGCAUACACCAUGAGAGUCUGCCUGAACCUGGCCAUUACACAGAUGGUGAACCGGACUAAGGCUGCUAACGCGAGCUUGGCCGGCUCCUUCGAUGAGGACACAUGUCCUAAUGAUCCGAUUCUCAAUUCUACCACGGCGAUGUCCUUGGAGAAGCCCUAUGCCAUUUUUGAUUGGGAUGAAAAGACUCAGGGUCUUAUUCUUAGCGGUUUUUACUACGGAUAUGCAGCGACGCAAGUACCAGGAGGCUAUCUUGCUGAGAAAUUUGGUGGUAAAUGGACUUUAGGGGUAGGGUUACUGAGCACUGCCCUAUUUACUUUCCUUACGCCUAUCGUGAUCAGAUCAACUGGAGCUAUUGGGUUGUUUAUUCUUAGGGUUCUGCAAGGUAUGGGAGAGGGUCCAACAAUGCCAGCACUGAUGAUAAUGUUGGCUAGAUGGGUUCCACCCCAUGAACGAUCAUUCCAAGGUGCUCUUGUGUUUGGGGGCGCUCAGAUAGGAAACAUAUUUGGCUCCUUCAUGUCUGGUAUCCUGUUGGCCGAUGGAAGAGAUUGGGCUUAUGUCUUCUACUUCUUUGGCGGCUUCGGAAUAUUUUGGUUUUGCUUAUGGAGCCUUUUGUGCUACAGUACACCAAACGUGCAUCCGUACAUAUCAAAGGCGGAAUUGUCUUACCUUAACAAGAAUGUGACCACAGCUGAUACCACCACUACGAAGGAUCCAGUACCUUGGAAGGCUAUAUUACGUUCAGCGCCAGCCUGGGCAUUAGUUUGUGCAGCUGUUGGCCACGACUGGGGCUACUACACAAUGGUGACAGACCUCCCUAAGUACUCCCACGACGUUCUCAAGUUCAAUAUUGCUACGACCGGUACUCUCACCGCCCUCCCGUACAUUGCUAUGUGGAUUUGUUCCUUCAUAUUCGGCUAUGUAUGCGACUUGUGUAUUAAGAAAGGAUGGCAUACUAUCAAGACUGGCAGAAUCAUUCACACUACUAUUGCUGCUACUGGACCAGCGAUUUGUAUUAUAUUGGCGUCAUAUGCAGGCUGCGACCGAACUGCUGCAAUGGUAUAUUUUGUGGUGUCCAUGGCUCUAAUGGGCGGCUUUUACAGUGGUAUGAAGGUGAACGCACUGGAUUUGGCGCCGAACUACGCAGGUAGUCUGACAUCAUUAGUGAAUACUACCUCCACGUUCGCCGGGAUAGCCACACCUUACUUGAUUGGACUAAUGACUCCUAAUUCGACGCUAUCUGAAUGGCGAGCAGCGUUCUGGGUGUGCUUCGCCGUUUUGGUGGGCACCAAUGUUGUUUAUAUCAUCUGGGCUGACGGCAAGCAGCAAUGGUGGGAUGACGUCAGGCAGUUCGGCUACCCAGACGAUUGGAAACAUGGACUCCUUAUCAAAGAGGAGAUCCCUGUACAACCCGAGUCUAUCAAACUUAACAAAAGAGACCAGAGCGAUGGAUGAUAUAUAUACACUGAUAUUAUAAUUGACAUCGCAAAUUGUAAACAUGAAACCAUUAUAUUUCUCACACCCAAGAGGCGUCUAGUGACUCUGGUGUCAUAAAUAAUUAAAGCUUUACUACAAGAUGGUGAUUAAAGUAGGGUACUCAAUUUUAAUAACAUCAUUUUUGUCUAAACGUGAUCGCGCGAUUCACUCUGAAGAAAACAUUCAAAAGCGUUAGUCGAGAGAAAUCAUAUUUUCAUAUAAAAAUUCUGUGAGUUUUGUUUACUAUAAUAUUAGGCUUCGUUGCGACCUCAUUUUUCACAUUCUCUGUUUUGGUGAAGCUAUUGUAUACUAGUUUUAAUAGUACAAUAUUGCAAAUCAAUAAUUUUAAAUUUCUUUACUUAAUCACUACAUCGUUCGUUAGUAGACAUCUAAUUAUAAGAUUAUGAUUGAGACGAAAAUUCAGCAUUGUUAAUAGUAGAUUAAGAUUGUUCAGACAGCCAAAUCGUUAAUAAGUUAGUUAACAAUAAGUUAUAGAUGUAUUACAAUAACCUAUAAACCACCUAUUGUAUAAAAUUUGAAUACAAAUUACCCUAAGCUACUUACGAAUAAAAUUUAAUUUACAAAAUGAAAAAUAUGUCAUGCCCAGCGCCGCCGUCAGGAAUGGUGCUCAAUAGGCUGGCAGCAUUGCCACGUUGAAGAGCAAGGCUGAUUUGUUGACCAAGAUAGCUGAAUAAGUUAAACAGUAAGUUAAAUUUUACGGGAAAGAUAAUUAUAACAUUGUUUCACAUUCAUAAACACAAGUACUUAAGAACUCGAAAAUCUUAGAUAGUCUAUUUGUUAUACAGAGCAGAGUGGUAAUAAAAUCACGAUUGAUUAAUAUUUAAAUAUUAUAUUUUCAUAGAAAAUAUUUAAACGGUCCUCAAAAAAUAUUAAAUGUACACCAAAAAAUACAAUUGCAAACCUAAAGGUUAGAUUAGGUUGGAGAUUCGUAUUGGUGGGCAUUUAGUAUUUUUUUAGGAGCAUUAAUAUAUGACCCUAUUUUUAUAUCUAGCUAUAAUUUUUAAUCAUAAAAUAUAUGCUGAGCAUAUUUCAUUUAAAACAAGUUUUACAGGUUGUUAAGGCAGCAGAUUUGGUUUAACUAAAUGGAGGGUAUCUUUUCAUAAUAUUUUUAAUGGGAUUAUAAUUAUAAUAAAUUUUUAAACAGUCGCCCUAGUCAGUGUCAGUCAGUAAAUAUUUACAUAAUAAAGUAAGUACAAAUUAAUAUGCCAUUUUCUUAUUAAAUUUAUCAUUGUAAAAUUCAAAUAAUAAAAUAAAUACAAAGAAGUUAAUCUCCAUAGUAAUAAGUGAAUCGGGCACACGCACGCAGAGAAAAUAAAGUUAUCAAAAUAAGGAUUUUUUACCAAAACUAUUCGAGAUCCUUGCACAUUCGUGAGUCUAUGUGUGCUUGCGGCCUUUUCUCCAAUAAGGGCGACCAAUACACGUUAAGCUGUGUUAUGCUGUACUAUGCUCAGGUUUGAAGUAAAACAUAGCCGCACAUAGUGCAGUGCAACACAUAAUAGCUUAUUCAUCAUCAUCUUUUAUGACAUUAAAAGAAACAUCUUUUUUUAUAAAAACGUAACGUUAGCACGACUCAGAAGCCGUUGCCGCUGGUACUCGCGGUAGAGUUGUGGAACUAAUGAUAUUAUAUUGCGGGUUUUAAAUAGUUUUUUUUUUAAGGUUUUUGCAAUGCAAGUUUCACCGCUACAAUAACUUCAUCUUUGUCACUAUUAAUGUUUUCUUUUAAGGAAUUUUCAUAAAGUAUUUUUUUUAUCCAUAGUUGAACGACUAUAUUUCACUUUUAUACUAAUAAAUCUUGCUUAACCGUUAUAAUUUUGCUUAAAAGUUCAUGAAAAGCACCAUUAUCAUGAUCUUUUCCAGGAUUUUCAAGCCAUUAGAUUAGCUUUUAGAGGGGGGAACGCCCUACUCGAACAAAAAUUAGCUUUAAAGUCCAAUAUUUCGCAUACAAAAACGCUGUUGGCCAUUUUAGUCUAUAGAUUUAUCUAUGCUACGACGUCAAAACAUUUGUAAACAAACACUCGCAAGCACAUAGGAAAUAGCUUGAGUUUAUAUUAUUAAACCGUGAUUUCUAAUAGAUUACAUGAAAAAUAUAGUAAUUAUCAUGAUUGUAUUAUACGAGAAUGAAGUAACACAUCGUUAAAGACUCCAGGAAAGUUGUGCUUUUAAUUGCCUAGAGAAAUAAACAUACCUACACAUGAACAUAAUUAUGUUUAAAACUUGCUAAAUCCUGUAACUUUAUGGACUGAAAGUCAUUUCUUUUUGCAAAGAUCACUUCGAUGUAACAACUUAUUGAAAAUUAUUUAAAUUUUAAAAAUACAAUUUUAAGGGUUCUUAAUAUACCUACUAAGUUAAGAGUUUCUGAAAGCAGAAAUGACAAAACAGUCCAGCAUUAAUUUAGUCAACAAAACCAAUACACGGAAACUGUACUACAAGAUAUAAGAGUUUUUAGAUAUAUUUUAGUCUGACGAAAGAAUCCACAGUAACACGACAAUGACGUUUAGUUGUUUACAAAUUUAGUGAUAUCAAAAUCAUGGCCGGCAGGGUUUUUCGUGUUUAAAAAGUAAUAAAUUAAAAACCUUUUUUUUAAAUAAAAUUACUACAGCCCACUUUUAAUUUUAUGAAGUGAAAUCGAUAUACUUAGGUUGCUCAUACCAAAAACUAUAACAAAUAAACAUUUGUAUCGUACAAUUUGACAUGAGUCAACUAGCCUUACUAUAGCUCCAGGUGAUCGAGGUGUUAUACAAUACUUAAAGACUACUGGGAACAGUAAAAAUUUCAACCCCGUAAAAGGCUUAUAUUUCAAGAUUUUAUUUUGC